ACAGUCUCUAGGUAAAUUAGGCAGACACAGUUGUUUCGUAUGUCAGUGAAAAAAUCCACUUUUCCUGGACAUGGCGGCCCUCGUUGUCAACUUUCCUCUUUUUAGUUUCAGUUGCCAUUUUAGAAAUGGGCUAAAAACAUACCACAGGGGUAGAAGUUCACACAGGGGUCACGCGACGAGAGUGCGGCCACAGGUCUACUGCCACCUUCUGGUGAAAUAUAAAACGGCUUUUUUUUUUGUAUGUGUGUAUUGUUUACUGUGGUAAACUGUGCUGGCGGGCCACAUAUUGAUUUUAUGACAUGAUGCGUCGGGCCGGAGGAAAUUUGGACACGGGCCGGAUUUGGCCCGCGGGCCGGACUUUGUGCAUAACUGAUCUAGACUAACUAUUUUUGUGCUGUGGUUCGCACCCGUAUUCCACUUGUCUGUUCUGUCCCUCUGUCUGUCCCCUAAAAUCAUUUUCUGUCUGACUUCAUUUUCAAUAAAGAUCAGAAUAAUAAAACAAUUCAAAAAUAAGCACAGGGAGUAUUUCAAACUCCCCUGUUGCACAGCAAAACUGUUGCAGCACGAAAGGCAUGCAGAUGCACCAUUGUGCAUGGCCAUGGAGCUGAACAGGACAGGUAAAAAAAAUAAAAACAAUUCUAAAUCACAAGAAUUAAGUCUGGUAUUCAUCUAAAUACGAAAAUAAACAAACUGAGUCUGCUUAGGGUGGCAUGGUGGGCGACUGGCUAGAGCGUCUGCCUCAGUUCUGAGGACGGGGGUUCAAUCCCUGGCCCCGCCUGUGUGGAGUUUGCAUGUUCUCUGCAUGGGUUUUCUCCCGGCACGCCGGUUUCCUCCCACAUCCCAUGCGUGGUAGGUUGAUUGAAUACUCUAAAAUUGGCCGUAGGUGUGAAUGUGAGUGCGAAUGGUUGUUUGUUUAUGUGUGUUCUGCGAUUGGCUGGCAACCAGUUCAGGGUGUACCCCGCCUCCUGCCCGAAGAUAGCUGGGAUAUGCUCCAGCACUCCCGCGACCCUAGUGAGGAUAAGCGACUCAGAAAAUGGAGGGCUGGAUGGAGCCUGCUUAGACUAAUACCACACAAACAAUUAUGUUUUCAUAUUUUUAUUGAAAAUAAUGUAAGCAUUCACACGACAGGGAGGAAAAAGUAAGUGAACCACGAGACUACGGAUUCUCCAAGACCUCAUCAGUCAGGUGUGAGCCAAUCUGGAGUCCAAUCAAUGGUCUAGAUUGGAGGUGUGGCUUCAAGCUGCUCUGUCCACAAGAAAACACCAGUUUAGAAUUGUUUCUUGUCAAGAAGCAUUUCCUGGUGUUUACCAUGCCUCGCUCAAGAGAGCUCUCAAAAGACCUUCAAUGUAAAGAAUUGGUUAAUUGUAUAAACCUGGAAAAGGUUACAAAAGUAUCUUGAAAAGUCUUGCUAUUCAUCAGUCCACAGUUAGACAAAUUGCCUAUAAAUGGAGGAAGUUCAGCACUGUUCCUUCUCUUCAAAGGAGUGGCCGACCUAUAAAGAUGUCUGCAAGAGCACAGCGCAGAAUGAACGCUCAGUGAGAUACAAAAGAACCAUAAAGUGUCAGCUACAGACUCUGAGAAAUCUACCAUAUACCUAAAACAUUCAACAAGAAUGGGGUUCAUUAGAGAACACCAAGGAAGAUGUUGCUGUCAAAAAGACAUUGCUGCAUGUUUGAAGUUUGUCUAAGAGGACUUGGAUGUUUCACAGCAAUACUAUAAAAUAUUCGCUGGACAGAUGAAACCGAAGUGGAAUUGUUUUGGAGAAACACAAUGCCAUGUGUGAAAGAUAAAUGGCAGAGCACACCAACAUCAAAAUCCAACUGUGAAGUAUGGCGGAGGGAGCAUCAUGGUAUGGGUGUGCUUGUUAACUCAGGGCCUGGACAGCUUGCCAUCAUCAAUGGAAAAAAGAAUUCACAAGUGAAUCAAGCUGUUCCAACAGUGGAAGAUCAAAAGAGGAUGGGUGUUGCAACAGGACAAUGAUCCAAAACACAGAAGCAAACCAACAACAGAAAAAGAAAAUAUGUAGUGGCCAAGUCAAAGUCCUGACCUCAACCCGAUUGAGAUGCUGUGGCAUGACAAAGCUAUUUACACCAGACAUCCCAGGAAUCUUGCUAAACUGCAACAGUUUUGUAAAGUGCAAAGGUCCAAAAUUCAUCUUUGUUUGUGCACGUCUGAUCUGCAGCUACAGGAAACGUUUAGUUGAGGUUAUUGCUGGCAAAGGAGGGUCAACCAAUUAUUAAAUCCAAGGGUUCAAUUACUUUUUCCUCCCUGCCCUGUGAAUGUUCACCUUCUGCUCUAUAAAAAUAGGAAAAAUAAAGAUGUCAAUUGGGCACUCGACAGUCCAACAUUACUCCUCCUGUUUUGCCUCAUGUCUCCUUCAUGCUGAGCAAAGCCGCAGAAAACCAAAUCGGGACAACAUUUGAACUCGGUGCACUGCUCCAUAUUGGUAAAAUCCAUGUCACAUGGUUUAUGGAUGACAUGUUGUUGCUGUUCCCGGCACUCUUAUCCUCUGUCAGUUUCUGACCUUUUUAAGUGGAUUUUUGGCAUUUAUUGGCAUUUUUUGUCCAAAUAGUUACUUGUGUAACUGUAGACUAUUCCGCUAAUCCUGGAUAAGCCGUGCAAAUGCAUGGUUUCCAGAAAAAAAGACGACUCAUGCGGGAGCUAAAACCUGUAUUCAUCAAAUAUUAAUUCAACAUAAUCUGUCAUCAUUACUUUAAAGAGAUGAAUCAUGAAUUGUGUUAAAAGGGAUAUUUUUGGGGGUGCACGCCUUGGUAACAAAAAAAUAAUGUGUGAUUUGUGAGGAUUCAUCACUAGUCGAUGUAGUGACGUUAUGUCGAGCUGGGUGCCAAUAUGGCGCCCUCUCCUCUCAGCGUCCACACUUGUUUUUCCCCCCCCUCCCCCUUUGAUGCAGACAGCCUGCAAAACAGCCGCAUUUUGAGGGAGGCGGGGUACCCCUUGGCCUGGUCGCCGGCCAAGCAUUCGCAGUCACAGACAUGAGCCUACCAUGCAUGUUGUGGGAAGGUGGGAAGUACCCGGAGGAAACCCACGUGAGUACGGGGGAGAACAUGCAAACUCAGCACAGGAAGGCUGGAGCCUGAUUCGAACCCCGACCUUACACCUGCGAGGCAGAUGGGCUAACCACGGGGUCUCUGUUCCGCUUCAACAGCCGGCUGCGCCAUUUGCAAACGAGAGGAAGACGCUCGCACGAGCAGCGCCGCGGGCACAAGAGAAUUGAGAGCGCGACAUGUUCGCCAGGGUUGUCGCCGGCUGGGGUUUGCGGACCCACCGACACCGACACCGACCCCGCCGCCUCGGGAUCCACACCAAGGCGGCCGCGGCGGAGCCUCGGGAGCCCGCGCGCCUGCCCGCCUCGUCCACCUGCGGCCGGGUGAAGAGCAUGGACGAGCUGGGCGGGCCGAGCUUCGUGAGCACGCUCUACUGGCUCUUCGUCAAGGGCUACUUCCAAAGGACGCAGCAGAUGCAAAUCGAGCACAAGAAGCUGUACGGGCCCCUGUGGAAGUCCACGUACGGGCCCCUGGUGGUGGUGAACGUGGCCAGCGCUGAGCUCAUCGAGCAGGUCCUGCGCCAGGAGGGCCGAUACCCGGUCCGCACAGACAUGCCGCACUGGAGGCGCUACCGGGAGUUCCGCAAGCAAGCCUACGGACCUCUCACCGAGAUGGGGGAAAAUUGGCAUCGCAUCCGCAGCAUACUGAACCCUCGCAUGCUGAAGCCCAAGCACGUGGCCUCCUACGUGGACACCAUCAACCCGGUGGUGGCCGACUUCGUCGAGCGCCUCUACUGCUUGCGCGACGGUGGCCUGGUGCGCGACGUCACCGGAGAACUUUACAAGUUUGCUUUUGAAGGCAUCUGCUCGGUGCUGUUCGAGACGCGUCUGGGCUGCCUGGAGCGAGACGUGCCCGAGGAGACGCACAAGUUCAUCUGGUCCGUGGGCGAAAUGUUCCGUCUGUCUGCCGUCGUCAUCCUUUUCCCCAGGCGCCUCUGGCCCUACCUGCCCUUCUGGAACAAGUUUGUCGCCGCCUGGGACCACCUCUUCCAAUUUUCGGAGGAGCUGGUGCAGAAGAAGCUGGAGGAGCUCCAGAAGAGGGGCGAGUGGGUGCCUGGUGACGUGGAAGGCGCCUACCUCACUCACCUGCUACUCAGCGACAAGAUGAGCCUCACCGAGAUCCUGGGAAGCGUCACUGAGCUCCUGCUGGCGGGAGUCGAUACGACCUCCAACACGAUCUCGUGGGCGCUGUACCAUCUGGCCAAGGAGCCUAGCAUUCAGGACCGACUCCACCAGGAAGUGUCGGCUGUUAGUCCUGCCUCCCGCGGGAUGCCCACCGCCCAAGACAUCGCCCGGAUGCCUUUCCUCAAGGCCGUCGUUAGGGAAACACUGCGGCUUUACCCCGUCGUACCGGGAAACGCUCGCCUCACUGUGGAAAACGAGAUUGUGGUGGGAGACCAUCUCUUUCCCAAAAAGACUCUGUUCCACCUGUGCCACUACGCCGUCUCCCAUGACGAGGAUGUUUUCCCCGAGCCACAUCGCUUCCUGCCUGAGCGAUGGCUGCGCCACAGCAACGCCAGGCAGCAGCAACACCCGUUUGGGUCUGUGCCGUUCGGAUUCGGGAUCCGGGCGUGCCUGGGCCGGAGGGUGGCCGAGCUCGAGAUGUACCUGCUCCUGGCCACACUGAUCGGCGGCUUUGAAGUGAGGCCCGACCCGAACGUCACCGGGCCCGUCAAACCAAUCACCAGGACCCUGCUGUGCCCGGCCACGCCCAUCAACCUCAUCUUCGCCGACAGACCGCACACAUGAUGAUGAUGACGAUGAUGAUGAUCGAGGCUCAGUACACACGCAAACAAACGCACACACGCUCACUCAUUUUGGGUGACAAAUGUACUGUAAUUAAGGCAUGGCCUACAUUACACUCCAACCAAUCAGAUCAUUGAUUCCACACACCACCUUCGUAAUUGGUUAGGGUGACUGACUUGAUAAAUAAUAAAAAGUAUUUUUUAUAAUUUUAGUGGGCACUUGAGCAAAAAAAAAAAAAAAAAGAAAACAUUUUUUUUAAGUGCAUUAAAAUUUCAAUGUUUGAUUUUUAUAGUUAUUUGGACCCACUGCAUUUGAUAAGAAUUGCCAGCAGAGCUGAUUUCUUCUACCACCCAUUUUUUUUCGAAGCGUUAAAACAAAAAUGACGUCACCUAGUGACUGUCGUGGGGUGACAUUUUGGAUUGAAAGGCACAGAAUUUAGCUGAAAAUCUUAUGUUGUCACAAUAUCAUUAUAAAACAAAGGGAUUCUUUCAAACUGUAAUUUGAUAACAUCAACAAUAUAUAUAGCUGACGUACCACUAAACUUGCCUGUCACAGAGUUGACAAUGGAUUCAAUUACAGGUUCUCAAAAUGUCUUUUUUUUUUUUUGCUUGACGCAAUUUGAAUUGUCCUUUAUAUUACCCAUACCAUUAAAUGGAUCUUCAAAAUACAUUGUUCUAAAAAACAUUUUUGGUUGACAUAUUGAGUGCAUUCUGGUCAGUAAAAUUCAUGGCAGGGUAUGAUGUAUGUAUGAUAUGGAAAGCAUAAAGUAUGGCUAUCAUUUAAUGUCCACCGAAAAUAUAGAAAUCCUCUGAUAUGUAACAUAAUAGAAUAUUAUAGUAAUAAAAUAAAUAAAAAUAAAACAAAGUUCCAUUACAUAAAUAAACAUGUCAUAUUUACAAAUUAGGUAAAACGGAAAUUACAUUUUAAAAAUUAAUUAAUAAUAGUUCUAAAUUCUAAAAUGCACACAAAUUCCAUUAAAUAAUGCCAAAUGUCAUUAAAUAAAUAGAAAUUUAAUUAAAGUAUUUUAAAAAAUACAUUAAAAGAACAAUAUUCCACUAAAUAAAUAAGAAAUGCAAUAAUAAAAUAAUUAAAAAGAAAAGGUAAUUGAAUAAUGAAAAUGAUAAUUAUAUAACAAAUAAACAUUUAAUUAAUGCAACAAAAAUGUCAUUGAAUAAAUGAAAAUGCAUUUAAAUAUAUAAAAAUGUCAUUAAAUAAAUAGAAAUUCCAUUAAAUUAUUUAAAAAAAUAUAUUAAAUGAACAAAAAUUCACUAAAGAAAUACAAACAUUUAAGAAUGAAACAUUCUCUUUUAUGUUUAGUUUGAAUGUUAACUUCAAGUAGGACAGUGCUCGUGUCUCAAAUAUUUGCUCACAAGCCAAAGAAUAAAAUCGCCCCAAACGACAGAUUGUAUUUUGAGAACCUCGUAAGUCUUUAGAGCGCCUCGCUGUUGUGCCGUGGAAUUGAUCCGAUGGAAUAUAGUCCCGCCGCCUGCAGCUUUAAAUGGAUGUAUUUUUGUAGCUCAAUCACACAGUUAUGUGUAAAUGCUAAAUAUAAGUAGCAUACAUUUUUUUUCAGGUCUUAGUCGUGAUAUUUGAUUGACCGUUGAGCAGGGCACAGUUUCCACACAUUCAGCGGCCACGGCCACAGCAUUUGAGAGCAUAAACAGUGGCUUGAUUUUUCACCAGCCUCAUUUUACAUUCUUAGCCAUUUUUGGGGGGGAAAUUUAGCAUGGUUGUCACUGUAACAACACUCUUUUCUGUGCUGUGUCAAACUUACAAGAUUAUUUCACCGUGCCGCAUGAAAAUAAAAAAUUAGGAAUAAUAAUAAAAAAUAAUGAUAUUUUUAAUUUUAUAGUUACUUUUACUUUUAAUUUUCUUUCAUUUUUAUGAUGGUAAGUGGCAUUCGAAUUGUUAUAAUGUAUAAAUGUUUGAUUCACUUUUUAUUUAAUUUAUAUAUUGUGUAUUAAUGAAUGACAAUAAUUUCAAUAAAUUGUAAUUUUUAAUAUAGAAAUGUAAUAAUUGUAUUAUUUUUAAAUUGGAUUUAUUUUACUUAAUUUAUUUUUCUAGAAGGGGGCAGUCACUGCCAAGCGGUUUAUUUAAUUUAUUUUAUGCUACAUUACAUUUUUUCAUUUAUUUAAAAAAUUAUAAUUUAUUUUACUUUUAUAUUUGCUACAUAUUUUUAAUUUUUAAAUGGCAUUUAUUUUAUUUUACAACUUGAUUUAUUUUGUUUUAAAUUUUUUGGAUGAUGGGCGUAAGGUUUCAAUAAAAAAAAAAUUACACAUUUAUUUUUUUUUUUACUGUUGGUUGUUGGGGGUGGUGUACCUAAUGUUUCAUUUGUCUUUUUUAUCGAUUAAAAAAAAUCUCAUUCA